CAGAGUCCCAUCGAGUUCACUGAACUGCAAAUAACUCUGCUGAAGGUGUUGCUUUUGAUUUUACUGACAAAUCUAAUUUUGAUUGGAUUUGCCUGGCGAAAAUUCGGUGAAGUAAUCACCGAGAAAUUCGUUGAACCAAGCACUUUGAAAGAAAUCGAGGAACUUAAACUGUCUGUUGCGAAAUUGAAACUUCCCAAGGAACACUCGCCUAGAAUCUAAACUAAUCAAAACAAAAUGUCUAAUCGCAUUCGGAAGUUCUUUUCCCGUAAAAAGGAAGAAGCUAAAUUUAAGCUCAAAGUAGGCAACAUUGGAACUGGACAUCAGCUCAAUGCACCUGCUGCUCCAUCUACAUCCAAACCCCAACAACCCAAAGAUGUUUAUGUUCCUCCGAAACGCCAAGAACUUAGCGAUGAAGCAAAAGCUGCAGCAGCUGCUGCUUUAGCCCGAGUCCAAAAAAAAGACAACAAGGAAUUCAAUACUUCGUUGGCGGCAAUCAAAGCACAAGCUAAACGUGAAUUGGAAGCCGAAAGAAAACUGAAGGAGGAAGCAGACGCACCAUCUGGUUCAGAGCCACCAAAAGAAAUCCUCGAAAAUAAGAAUCUAGCUUGUCAUGGUGUGUUUUUCCGGUGUCCAAUGAUUGGCGAAGAAAUUCUCCCCAAGAAAGAGUGGAAGGUGAAAAUCAAGGAAUUCCUCUACCAGCAGCUGGAAUCAGAGAAAGCCCUCACCGCUUGUCUAAUCAUAUACAACUGUAACACUAAGGAAAAGGCUGAGGACUGCGUGGCAACGCUGUCCAAAUACAUUGAGAACCUCAUAAACCACCCGGACGAAGAGAAAUACUGCAAAAUCCGAAUGUCUAACAGAAUCUUUUGUGAAAAAGUUCGUUAUGUUGAGGGUGCCUUGGACUUUCUAAUAGGCGCUGGAUUUAGGGAACUUGAAAUCGAUAACGAACCUUUUCUACUUUGGUGCAAGGACAAUCUUGAUGCAGACAUGGAUCUUACAGUCCUACUCGAUGCCCUUCAGAAUGCCGAACCGAUUCUCCUCGAAUUAGAUCGAAACAUUCAAGUCCUCUUACCAAUGCAAGCAAAACGCACUGAAUUGCCAUCCGAUUUCUUCCGGAUCAGCCCAGAAGAGAUAAAACGUGAACAACAACUUCGAAGUGAAGCCAUCGAGAGCGCACAGAUUUUGAAGACAAAAGCAAUGCGUGAACGUGAAGAACAACGGAAUUUGAGGAUGUAUCGAUUCGCUUUGAUUCGCAUCAAAUUUCCAAAUGGAAUCUACAUUCAGGGCACAUUUAAUGUUUAUGAGAAACUAACUGACAUUUAUCAAUUUGUGCAAUCGUGCCUGGCAGAUGAGGCAAUGGAAUUUAGCUUAACACUUAGUGGUAGCCAAUUCUCUGAUGAGGAUUUGGACAAGUCUCUUUAUGACUUGAGACUCAUUCCAAGUGUGAUGUUUCUGUUUAUUGCACCGUCAACAAAUGGAUCUGAUGAGAAUUUCCUUAAAGAAGAUCUUUUGAUGCUUAUUCAACCGAUGUAAUAUCCUACACCAGGUGAAGAAUAAACCCUCUCUCUAUCUCUGGUAAUAACGCUCUUAAAAAUAGCUUAUAAAGCAGCACUUAUGGGUAAUUAAAUUGUAGCUAGAAGAUGAGGAACUAAAUUAUUGAUUAUGGCUUUCGAAAAAAAAAAUAAAGAAAAACUCGAUAGACAACAGAAGAAAAUGUUACAGAUCAUGCAAUCAUUAUCACACUACCAUAUUGUUGUUGUAAUUUGUUUGAAUAAUUUUUCAUUCUUAUUCUUAUUUAUAUAAAAAUCAAAGAAAUUAUGCAAAAAAAAAAGAAAACUAUUUAUUACUUCA